CUAAUAUAUUAAUGGCGACCGGACGACUAGCUGAACCCUACAUACGUGUUUGAAAUUAUAGAAAAAAUCAUUUUUAUAUUUGAUUUACACUGUAAAGAACACAAGUUUAUUGUAUAAUAAAUUUCUCAAUAUACGCUGCAGACAUUUAAGUGUUUUUCGUUGCCGCAAAGUGUGUCGUAAAAGUGCCUAAAACUGCCGUCGUUGGUCUUCGAAAGAGAACAUGGCGAGGCUAACUAAAGUCUAUAAUACUGAAGAUGAUGAUUCUAGUUAUGUAGGCAGAAGGCAUUUGCCUUUGGUAGCAGGCGAUAAGCUAAUGAUGCUAAUGGACCUGAACAGCAAAGGACUUGUCAUCGAUAGCCCACAAAUACGAGGUCGUGAACUGGAGGAAUUCUCACGUAAAUUCAACCUGCUCACAGAGACGGAACGCAAGCAAUCCCUCGAGAUCGAUAGCAGCAGUUUCAUCUCGGUGCUGAAUCAGUGCGUUCAAUGCGUUGGUUGUCGCCGGCGUGUGGAACGUUUAUUUUACCAGCUAACUGAAUCCGGACAUCGAACACUUGAUCCUCUAGAGCUGCGAUCCAGCUGUACACUUGGCAUUACGGAGGAGAAGCUGAAAACGCCGCAAGCGCUGGGUACAUUGCUCUAUCGACAUCACGAGGUGCUCAACAAUCUGCUGGACAAUAAGCUGCGAAAUAAGACUCGCUGUGUGCUGCACUCGCUGGAUACGUUCAGAGCGAAACCGUUCUCAGAGACGUGGCGCGAAGUAUGGUCGGCGAUGAGCCGCAAUUGCCGCACUGAGGUGACCAUCAUUGAGACCAAGGAACUGCACGAAGUGCUCGAUAAGUAUCUGAAGAAGCACAAGUUUUGUGCCGGCUGUCGAACAAAGAUUGAGCGUGCCUAUAAAAUACUCAUUGGCGAGGUAUCUACCAAGGAGAAAGGCUAUGCGGCGCAGCUAUAUGCGCACAUACGGAAAUGUGUGCCUGACGAGCACAUCCAUGUGAGCAUGAACAAAAUUGAGUUCCUUGAUGCGUUGAUUAAACGCGCCGAGCCUGAGGUAAACGGCAGCUAUUCAAAACUUCGCGAACGCCAUGCCAAAACGCUGGAGAUCGCUCAGGAGGAGGUGCUUACAUGUGUGGGCAUGAUUAUGUAUGAACGGUUGCGUCGCAUUUAUGUCAGCUUACGCGAGGAGGAGCGUGCCUGCCAAGUGCUGGCCGCUGUUGGUGUGCAUGCGCUCUGUCGCAGCUUUCAUGAACGUGUCGAGCAGAAGCAGGGAAUUAGCAACCUGGAACUGUUGUAUCAGGAGAUCAGUCGUGCCGAGAAGGCCAAGGAGCUGAAGCGUGAGCAGAAGAAGCUGAAAAAGAAGAAGAAGAAGGAUGAGAAAAAGAACAUGCAUCGUCAUCUGUGUGACAACAACAAUGAUGAUGAUAAUAAUGCGAUCGACGCUGCCGAAUCGGAUGAUGAUGACGAGGAGGAGGAAGAGGAGGCGUUGGAGGCUGAGGUUGAAGCGGAUGCUGAUACAGUAGACGAUGGCAUUGUUAUUGUGUGUGCCGCCGAUACCGAUGUGGACCUUGAAGUCAAGCCGACAACAUCAACGCCAACGCCAAGUGACAAACCAACGAAAUCGAAAUCAAAAUCGAAAUCGAAGAAGCAACCGAAGAAGAAGAAACAAAAAUCUGCAAGCAACAAUUCUAAUAAUAAGAAUCCCGACAAGUUGUGCACUUACGACGUGGACUUGGAUAUCGUAGCAAGUAGGAGUAGUUGCCACGACUUGUCCAAGGCUGGCAAGUGCAACGACUGUUUGGCACCCAUGCCCAACUGUCCCUGCGAGCAGGAUGUGCGUGAUUCGGGCUAUGGUAGCGAUCCACCAACAUCGCAUGCCAAUUCUCGAAUUUCCAGCGCCAUCUCUUCGCCGGAGGGUUCGGAAGUAUCGUGCUCGGAUGGUCUAUGCAAUCACGAUGGGCUGCUACUGGAUGAGGAGCAAAGCGUGGCAGAUGUUGCGGCACGCAACAGCUACGUGUCAGAUUUGCUCUACGGUCAGCAGAUGCAAAUGGACCACAAGUUUUCAUUGCUGCAGAUGUGGGACGACUUUGACGACUACGAUAAAGACGACGAAAACUGUUGUUACAUUCCCCAAGAGGUGGUGCUGGCUUAUCAAUACCAGCGCGAGCAAGUGCAGCGUCAGCGCGAACAGCUGCGUGCCACAUUACGCCAAAACUUUGAGCGCUUGUGUUUGCAGCGUGGCGUUCACGUCGCGACCACCGCAAAUGCCACCGCCACCUCGACUGGCCAUUAAUUUUUGCAUUAAAAAACCGUUGUAGUUAUUCAGUCGCGCGUUUGCGGUUUCAAAGAAUCCACGCGCAUGCAUUCAAAAUACAUACAUAUAAUUUUUUUGUUUUUUGAAAUAAA